AGAAAGAGAAAAUAAAAAGGGCAAGCAAAACAAAAAAUUAUGGCGGUGAAGGUCCGAGUUCCAACUGAGUUUCAGACACAGCCCAUCUCUACUCUCUUAAUUGCUUAACAUGUCGUUUGCAAAAGCUUCCAAAUUCCUCUUUCUCCUCCUCCAGCAGCAGUGAUGGACUACUAGAUUCAUUUACUUGGUUAGCUUCUCACUUUUAGUUCAACUCUCAUCUACUCUCUCUGUGUACAUAAAUAUAUAUAUAUAUGAAAAUGCAUCUUUCUAGUUCUACUGUGGUAGAAGAAGAAGAACAAGCUUAAUUUGGGGAAAAUCAUAUUUUUGUAAUAAUUUCUCUCUUUGAAUUUGGUGUUUAAACAAUUCAAAAGUGGUCCCUUUUACUUAUUACUAGUACUCUUUUAUCAAAAAAGAGCUUUGGGAUCAUAUCAAAUUUUCUCUCUUUCUCUCAAAAAUCUUCUUUUUAUACAGUUCCUCAUCGUGGGGUAUCUUAGAUUUUCAUUUCCUUAAAGCUUUAUAAUCCUCAGUCACUUGGACAGAAAUUUCUGUGCUUCUUCUUUGUUUCUUGUUCUUGAAAUACAAUUAGGAGAUGUCUUCGUCUAGGCCAAAUCAGUCAUCUUCAAGCAAUUCAAGCAGAUCGAAACAUAGUGCUCGGGUCAUAGCUCAGACCACAAUUGAUGCUAAGCUUCAUGCUGAGUAUGAGGAAUCAGGAGGUACUUCUUUUGAUUACUCUAGAUCAGUUACUGUAACCUCUAAUCAAUCAACACCUGAUCAAAACCAACGAAAACCUAGGUCUGAUAAAGUUACUACUGCAUACCUCCAUCAUAUCCAGAAAGGAAAAUUCAUUCAACCCUUUGGUUGUUUAUUAGCUCUAGAUGAAAAAACAUUCAAAGUCAUUGCUUUCAGUGAAAAUGCACCUGAAAUGUUAACCAUGGUUAGUCAUGCUGUCCCAAGUGUCGGCGAUAGUCCUGUUCUCGGCAUUGGUACUGAUGUUAGAACCAUUUUCACUACACCAAGUGCUUCUGCACUUCACAAGGCUUUGGGGUUCGGGGAGGUUUCUUUAUUGAAUCCAAUUUUAGUUCACUGUAAGACUUCUGGAAAGCCCUUCUAUGCAAUUUUGCAUAGAGUCACCGGUAGCUUGAUUAUCGAUUUCGAACCAGUGAAGCCUUAUGAAGUUCCCAUGACUGCUGCUGGUGCACUCCAGUCGUACAAGCUCGCCGCUAAAGCAAUUGCAAGGUUGCAGUCUCUGCCCAGUGGGAGUAUGGAAAGGCUGUGUGAUACAGUGGUUCAGGAAGUGUUUGAGCUAACUGGUUAUGACAGAGUGAUGGCUUAUAAGUUUCAUGAGGAUGAUCAUGGUGAGGUCGUCUCCGAGGUUACGAAACCUGGUCUCGAACCUUACUUGGGUUUGCACUAUCCAGCCACAGACAUCCCUCAAGCUGCUCGAUUUCUGUUUGUGAAGAACAGAAUCCGUAUGAUAUGUGAUUGUCGGGCCAAGAUGAUUAAGGUCAUCCAGGAUGAUAAAUUACCAUUCGAUCUCACCUUGUGUGGUUCCACACUUCGAGCUCCACAUAGUUGCCACUUGCAAUACAUGGAAAACAUGGAUUCAAUUGCGUCUCUGGUUAUGGCGGUUGUAAUUAACGAUGGUGAUGAGGAAGAACAAUCUGAGUCUGCACAAUCACAGAAGCGGAAAAGGCUUUGGGGACUCGUCGUGUGUCAUAACACAACUCCAAGAUUUGUUCCUUUUCCUUUAAGGUAUGCCUGUGAGUUUCUAACGCAAGUAUUUGCCAUCCAUGUUAGCAAGGAGUUUGAAUUAGAAAAUCAGAUGGUCGAGAAGAACAUUUUACGUACACAGACACUCUUGUGUGAUAUGUUGAUGAGAGAUGCACCUUUGGGUAUUAUAUCACAGAAUCCUAACAUAAUGGACCUUGUAAAAUGUGAUGGUGCUGCACUAUUUUACAAAAAUAAAAUCUGGCGUCUUGGAAUGACACCAAGUGAUUUCCAGAUACAUGAUAUUGCCUCUUGGCUAUCCGAGUAUCAUGCCGACUCCACAGGUCUGAGUACAGAUAGUUUGUACGAUGCGGGAUAUCCUGGGGCUCUCUCACUUGGUGAUGCAGUUUGCGGGAUGGCUGCUGUCAGGCUAACCUCAAAAGAUAUGCUUUUCUGGUUUCGAUCUCACACAGCUGCAGAAGUUCGAUGGGGUGGCGCUAAGCACAAUCCAAACGAGAAGGAUGAUGGGAGAAAAAUGCACCCUAGAUCUUCAUUCAAGGCAUUCCUCGAAGUGGUCAAGACGAGAAGUUCACCUUGGAGGGACUUUGAGAUGGAUGCGAUCCACUCUUUGCAGCUUAUCCUCAGGAAUGCUUUCAAUGAGAUGGGUGCCAAGGAUGAAAGUCCCAGUGUGUUAAUCCAUUCAAAGCUCAGUGAUCUUAAGCUUGAAGGGAUGGAGGAAUUGCAGGCGGUGACAAACGAGCUGGUCCGUUUGAUUGAGACUGCCACGGUGCCAAUCUUGGCUGUUGAUGUUGAUGGACUCAUUAACGGGUGGAAUACAAAAAUUGCAGAUUUGACUGCUCUGCCUGUUGAUCAAGUAAUUGGGCAGCAUUUGCUCACACUUGUGGAAGAUUCUUCGGUUAAUGUGGUCAAGAAGAUGUUGCACUUGGCUCUGCAGGGUAAAGAAGAGCAAAAUGUUCAUUUUGAGAUGAAAACUCACGGUUCUCGGAAAGAUAGCGGGCCCGUCAGCUUAGUUGUGAACGCUUGCGCGAGCAAAGAUAUUCGGGAGAAUGUCGUUGGGGUUUGUUUCGUGGCACAAGAUAUGACCACUCAAAAGACGGCCAUGGACAAGUUUACUCGGAUUGAAGGAGAUUAUAAAACAAUUGUGCAGAAUCCAAGUGCACUAAUACCUCCUAUUUUUGGCACAGACGAAUUUGGCUGGUGCUCUGAGUGGAAUCCAGCAAUGACCAAGUUGACUGGGUGGAGACGGGAUGAAGUGAUUGAUAAGAUGCUACUAGGUGAGGUUUUUGGUAACCAUAUGGGAUGCUGUCGUCUCAAAAACCAAAAGGCUUUUGUGAACUUCGGGGUCAUACUCAAUAAUGCAAUGAUGGGUGAAGAAGCCGAGAGAGUCCAGUUUGGGUUUUUAGCGCGAAGUGGAAAGUAUGUGGAUUGCUUGCUGUCCGUUACCAAGAAAAUGGACGCAGAGGGUACUGUAACUGGACUCUUUUGCUUCCUGCAGCUUGCUAGUCAAGAAUUGCAACAGGCACUUCAUGUGCAACGUAUAUCCGAACAAACUGCAACUAAAAGAGUGAAGGAAUUGACAUAUAUAAAGAGACAGAUAAGAAAUCCUCUCUCUGGAAUUAUCUUUUCCAGGAAAAUGAUGGAGGGAACUGAAUUGGAUGAUGAACAGAAGCAACUCUUGAUUACCAGUAUGCAUUGUCAGCGCCAACUGAAUAAAGUUCUUGAAGACACUGAUCUUGAGAGCAUCAUGGACGGUUAUCUGGAUUUGGAAAUGGUCGACUUCACCCUGCAAGAAGUGUUGCUUACUGCCAUCAGUCAAGUUAUGAUUAAGAGCAGUGGAAAGGGUAUCCGCCUUACUCAUAGUACUUCUGAGGAGAUCAUGGCUGAAAGACUUUAUGGAGACAGUGUGAGGCUUCAACAGAUCCUGGCUGAUUUUCUAUUGAUUUCUGUGAACUGCACUCCAAAUGGUGGUCAGCUUGGGAUUGCUGUCAGUUUGACAAAAGAUAGACUGGGAGAAAGGGUUCAUCUUGCUCAUCUGGAGCUCAGAAUCACACAUUCUGGAGGUGGAGUGCCUGAAGAAUUGCUGAGUCAGAUGUUUGAAAACUACACUCCUGGUCAUGAGACAGAAACCCCACAACAACAACCACCUAUGAUUUCAGAUGAGGGGAUUAGCCUGUUGGUGAGCCGGAAGUUGUUGAAACUCAUGGAUGGUGAUGUGCGGUUUCUGAGAGAAGCAGGGAAGUCAUCUUUCAUUAUAUCACUUGAGCUUGCUGCUUCUGCUCCCAACCAACAAACCCAGGUCUCUUCUUCAAGUGCUUCUCGAUGCUAAUCAGCCAGUUUCAACUCUCACGCAUCUAUGUAGCAUCAAUGUGUUAGUUUCCAGGGGUACGUUCUACUUGUAUGUAGAUAGGAACUUAAUGGCUUUCAUCUGUUUCUAGUAGAGCUACUCGUCGUGCUUUUUAACCUAAUCAUCAAUAAGAAUAGUAACCAUAGAAAUAAAUUGUUUGCGUCUCGUAAUCUUUAUCUUAAUAACAAGCUGGUUUUUUCUUUUUCCAUCUUCAUAGCAGAUAGAUUCCAUGGAUAGUAACUGUUUUGGUGACUUUA